AUGGAAAACUACGUGCCAAGAAUCAAGUCGAUCGACUAUGUCCUGAAAACAAUAAAGGAGACGUCAGUAUACAAAAGGGGGUUGUCGUCAGUAGAGCUGAAAACAGACAGCGGGGGGAAAUGCCCUAAAGAGCUAUUCAGCAGCCUUUCUACUAUUGAGAAAGGAAUUUUAAGGAAGAAAUGUAUAGAAUAUUUGAGCCAGCAUAAAAAUGGAUUUUUUAUGCAAAUGUUGUGCAUUUCAAAAGAAGCCGGGACCCAGAAAAAAAUGCAUGAAUCACUAUUUGAAUUGAUUGUAGCUAUCGAGAGUAAGUGCUUGGACAAACCAGGAAUAUUUAGAAGGGAGGGAGAUAAGGAAGCCUACAAAACUCUUGUUGAAAAGAUGACAAGCGGUCAAAAAGUAGACUUUUCAGAGUAUGAUGCGCUGAUUCUAGGGUCAGCCCUUAAGUCGUAUAUUAGAGACUAUUUAGAUGGAUUCUUUGAUCCAGUUCAUCUGGAGGCUAUCGUUAGUAAGGUUAUGGGCUAUAAGAAUAAAGAUACAUUAAAGCUCUGCAAAUAUUUAGUAUUCUCGCUGAGUCCACAAAGACGUAGAUGCCUCCUGGCCAUCAGGAAUCUAUUCAAUAAAAUUGAAGAAAACAAAGAAAUAACAAAGAUGAGCUAUGAAAGCCUGUGCAACAUUUUUCUGUCUUACAAUGACACCACAAAAUAUCUUUAA